AUGAGGAUUGGUGCCCAAUUUGCUGGUUUCUUUCCAAAUUCUCAUCAGCUUUUGAUUGAAAUCAUGUCUGCUACCCAGAAGAAGAUUGAAUUCACCAUUGAUUGCAGUGCUCCUCUGAAUGACAAGGUCAUGGAUCUGGCCUCCUUCGAAAAGUUCAUGAACGAGCACAUCAAGGUCAACAACAAGACCAACAACCUCGGAGACGUCGUUGCUGUGUCCACCACCGAUAACAAGCUCUGUGUCACUGUGUCCACCCAGAUGGCCAAGAGAUACCUGAAGUACCUCACCAAGAAGUACCUGAAGAAGCAGAGCCUGCGUGAUUACCUGCGUGUGAUCGCCUGUGGCAAGACUGGAUACAAGCUUGUCUAUUUCAACGUUGAGAAGGAUGAGGAAUAAGUGGGUUCAGUCGUUGCUGAUGAUUG